AUGGCCGUCCCUUCCUCCGACCGCGCGAGGCGGCCCUUCCUCCUCUCGCUCUCGCUCUUCCUCCUCAUCUCCGCCAUCCUCGUCCUUCUCUUCCUCUUCCUCGACCCCUCACCUGGAUCGCUCGCCUUCCUCCCCUCCCGUCUCUCCGCCUCAGCCCCUUCCCUCGCACCUCCUCUUCUUCCCCGACAGCAAAACCACACCCCUACGAGAAGCCCACCUCACUCGACACCAGAUGGCUCGAGCGCCACCGAAAAAGCGGAGGAGGGCACUGGUGCUAGUGCAUUGCAACCAGUCGUCACAAAAUCCGAUGUCAACAGUAGCGCAUCGGAACCAUCCGCAAAGGAAGGCAGCGGUGGCAGCGGCUCGCCGGGAGCAGGCGAUAACAGCGACGCCAGGGGAGUCGGGGCGGACGGGAAGACGGAUACAAGCGUCGCCCCGGUGGAGAAAGGUGGGGACGACGAGGAGGUGCCGCCGGUGAGCGUGAGGUGGCAGACGUGCAGCAGGCUGGGGAGGGGCGUGUCGUCGACGGACUACAUCCCGUGCCUGGACAACGUGCGGGCGAUCAAGGCGCUGCGGUCGAGGCGGCACAUGGAGCACCGGGAGCGGCACUGCCCCCUGGCGCCCCGGCUCAGAUGCCUGGUGCCGCUGCCCGCAGGGUACCGUACGCCUGUGCCGUGGCCGCGGAGCCGUGACAUGAUUUGGUACAACAACGUCCCUCACCCAAAGCUGGUGGAGUAUAAGAAAGAUCAGAACUGGGUUACAAGGUCUGGUGAUUAUCUUGUUUUUCCUGGAGGUGGAACUCAAUUCAAAGAUGGCGUGGGAAGAUACAUUCAGUUUGUUGAACAGAUUAUGCCAACCAUACAAUGGGGAAGGCGCACAAGAACUAUCUUGGAUGUUGGAUGCGGUGUUGCCAGCUUUGGUGGAUACCUGCUUGACAGGAAUGUCAUUACUAUGUCAUUUGCCCCAAAAGAUGAGCAUGAGGCUCAGAUACAGUUUGCACUAGAGCGUGGAAUUCCAGCAUUUCUAGCAGUAAUUGGAACACAAAAGCUUCCACUUCCUGAUAAUACGUUCGAUGUUGUACACUGUGCAAGAUGCAGGGUCCUUUGGUAUGCAAAUGGUGGAAAACCACUGUUGGAGCUUAAUAGAGUACUAAGGCCUGGAGGAUAUUUCAUUUGGUCUGCAACCCCUGUCUACCGUCAAGACAAAAGAGACCAAGACGACUGGAACGCAAUGGUUACUCUGACUAAAUCAAUCUGCUGGAGAACAGUUGUAAAAUCUCAAGAUGUCAAUGGAAUUGGAGCUGUUAUAUAUCAAAAGCCUGCAUCGAAUUCUUGCUAUGCUGAAAGGAAGACCAAUGAACCCCCUCUAUGCUCCGAGAGAGAUGGAUCACGUUUUCCUUGGUAUUCUCCUCUUGAUAGUUGCCUUUUCACAACUGCCAUUACCACUUCAGAUGAAAGAUACGAUUGGCCUGUUCCAUGGCCUGAAAGACUUGAUGUUAGAUAUGCAAGUCCUGAUGAUUCUGCUUCUAACAAAGAGAAGUUUGAAGCUGAUACAAAGUAUUGGAAACAGCUCGUUUCAGAAGUAUAUUUCAGUGACUUCCCGCUUAAUUGGUCAAGCAUUCGCAAUGUAAUGGACAUGAAUGCUGGAUUUGGAGGGUUUGCGGCAGCACUCAUUGAUCGACCUUUAUGGGUUAUGAAUGUUGCGCCAAUUGGUCAACCAGAUACCUUGCCACUUAUUUUCAACAGAGGUUUGAUUGGGGCAUAUCAUGACUGGUGCGAGUCUUUCAACACCUAUCCUCGUACCUAUGAUCUUCUCCACAUGAGUAAUCUCAUUGGAAGUCAUACAAAUAGGUGUGACCUCAUCGAUGUGGUGGUUGAAAUCGACAGAAUACUGAGACCUGGAAGAUGGUUUGUGUUGAAAGACACAUUAGAGAUGAUAAAAAAGAUGCGCCCAAUCCUGAAGUCUCUACACUAUGAAACUGUCGUCGUGAAACAGCAAUUUCUUGUUGCUACAAAGAGUUUCUGGCGUCCUGGCAAAUUCUGA